CAAGAGGGCACCACUUUAGAUCCAUAGAGCUUUAGAUCCAUGGCCCGCCAUUUGAGAGUCCGCCAGAGUCUGGCAGUGGCCUGAAAGCACCCGGGUGGAUGCAUCGGCUUCGAAGACCCUUGCUGCUGUGCUGCACGGGCCUUUGGGUGAGCCUUUGGCCCUUGUGCCGUGGGCAACGCUUCACCUGUGAGACCGCCAGCUGCGCCAGACACGAUGUUUGGGAGCCGGUGCCCUUUGCGAACUCCACAGAAGUUUGCCAAGAUGCUCAGCUGAGAGCCUUAGAUGAGUUUGUAAGCAUCUUCCCUCAACAAUGUCGUGAAUGGGCUGCAGCAGGCAUGGGUCCCUGGGGUGACUGUCGAAAGAAAUACUGCGAAGUCUUGGGGCAUCUGGCUGGGAAUCUGUCACAUCAAGGCAGCAACCUCUAUUACGGAGGUGACGAAUGUCGACCACUGGUCAACUUCAACCAAACGCUUUGUGAAACCUCCUACCGGGAUGCCGAAGGCUUCUGCGAGUGCCUUUGUCCGACCAUGGGCCAUCUCCAAAUUCCAAGGGUUGGAGCCUGUGAGGAAAAGAUCAUGAAGUUCUUGUUCCUGGGACGUCGAGGCUAUGAACUCAGCCAGAAGUAUGCCCUGAGUGGCUACUGCUCGGACUUCAUUUGCGAGUACUUCGGGAAGGUGGGCGAGCCCAAUCCGCCAUACCCGGUCGCGGGGAUUCCUCCGAUCUGCAAGACCUACGACUUGCCAUGGCGCUUGUACAGCUGCAUCGAACUGCUUUCCAGGAAGAAUUACACGCCAGAACCUUGGCUGACCCCCUAUCCGGCAGACAGCAUUCUAGAGUGCACCGAUGCUACGACACAUGAAGUGGACAUUCGACAUAUCGACACCUGGGGCGUUUGUGGCAAUCACAAAUUUCGAUGGCGAUGCCCUCAAGGCUUCCCUAUCAUGUGUCGUGACCCCUAUGGCUGCUCGGGCGAUCAUUGUUGCGAAGAAACGGUCGACAUGUGUCCCCUGGGCGAACGGGUGGCCUCCACGUUUCUGGCCAUUGAGCUGCCCGAGUGGAGGGGGCUUUGGCCACCGGACUGGAUUGCAGCUUUAGGACCGACCACGACCUUGGGCGCCUACGACAGGUUUAAGCAGAAUCUCAGGACAACCACUGGAGGCCCCAGCUUCGCCCAACAAAUUGCGGAUUACGCUUGGGCAGGGACUGCGGUCCUAGUGGCCAUUGGGAUGACCUGCUCAUGUUUGGCUUGCUACUACAUGGGUGUCAUCAAUACCACCUACGUGCGGAAGGUGGUGCUCGGCCCUGCCCGGCUCUUGAACGCCUACCAGGCAGAUCCUGUGACCUUCUUCGCCUCUGGAAAGCUCCCGAGGGACAAGAAGCGAGAGGCUCCGCUUCCACCCAUGAGACCUGCGCAUGAGAUCGAAGAAGAACGAAAAGACAAGGAAGCAGUGGCAGCCUUGGGGGAUGCCUGGGAUUUGGCCACGCUCAAGGGCAUGCGACAUCUCAUCGACGCCCAUGGCGACCCGGAUCCGCUCCAGGCCAAGUUGUUGCGGGAUGCCAUCCGUAUCGCAAGGGCCAGAGGCUUACAGGCCAGAAAUCCUGUGGCUGAUCUCCUGGAGAAGGGAGAGCGAUGGCUUUCAACCUUGGAAGCUGAGAAGGAGCUGUUGAAGGCGGUGGAGGAAGCACGACCGGAUUUGAGAUGGGCUUCACAAGUGAGGCUCACUCAGCCGCCAGUGCUGGGGAAGCCAUGGCAUGCAACCACUCAAAGCAAAGCAGCUGAAGCGCAGGUGCGCAGGACCGGUUGGACGCACAUCGAAGGUCUAAGGGCUGCAGUGCAGGCUGCAAGAGGCAGAGACAUCUCCGAGUCCCACAUGAAUGAGGCAGAGGUGCUGCUCCAGGCCCUAGUGGCACGCACUCACGAGCUGCCUGCAGACCGAUGUGUGUUGGAUCCCGAUGGCUUCGGGGUGAAGCUGCUGCCCAGGGGCCAACACCGGGCUGUGUGGCCAGUCACAGGUGAUUCCUACACCUUCAACGAAGGGGCCAAGUUUGGAGGCGAAAUGGGCGUGGACGUGUCGGCUCCGAAAGAGCUCCUGGGUGACGCGGCCACGGAAGAUGCGCGGCCGGUGUGUGCUGAGUGGGCCAAAAAAUCCACCUGCAAAGCAGGACGUGAUUGCCCAUGGCGACACUGCAAACCACAGGUCGGAGACUCCAUCCGAGAGUGCAUACUUUUCGACAUGUGAGCUGCGAGUUCCGGGUCUGGGUCAGGGGAGUCAGUUCGAUCCAAUCGGAUCCAAAAAAAAAUUACUAAAAAGGAUCAACUCAGCAUGUCAUAGACGGCAACAGGGUAAAUUCAAACGGU